AUGGCUUACCUACAGUCGAUGCCCAAAUCUGAAACUAUCAGACUGCGUGAAAAGCAUGUGGGUGCUGCGUGCCAACUGUUCUUUCGUUCGUCUCCUCUGAAAAUUGUCCGCGGUGUCGCCCAAUACAUGUAUGAUGAGACGGGCGAGAGAUAUCUCGACUGCAUCAACAAUGUUGCACACGUUGGCCAUUGUCACCCACACGUAGUGGAAGCAGGCAGAAACCAAAUGUCUUUAAUUUCCACGAACAACCGUUACCUCCACGAUGAAUUAGUAAUCCUUGCUGAAAGGCUCGUCAAAACCUUGCCAGAACCAUUGUCCGUCUGUUUCUUUGUCAACUCUGGCUCAGAAGCUAACGAUCUUGCCUUGAGGCUUGCCAGAAUACAUACCAAGAAUAAGGAUGUUAUCACCCUGGACCACGCGUAUCAUGGCCAUCUUACGUCUAUGAUUGAUGUGUCUCCAUACAAAUUAAACCUACCCGGAGGGCCCGAGAAGCCAGAGUGGGUUCAUGUGGCACCAGUUCCCGACAUAUACCGAGGAAAAUACGUAUACCCCGAUGACUCUCAAGAUGAAGAAGAAUUAGGAAAACUGUACGCUGAUGAAGUCGGCAAGAUCUGCAAAGAGAGUAAGCGCAAAAAUGGCGGUGUAUGCGCAUUCAUUGCGGAAAGUCUUCAAAGUUGCGGGGGCCAAAUCAUUCCACCUGAUGGUUACCUCAAAAGAGUUUUCCAGCACGUUCGUGAAGCUGACGGCGUAUGUAUAGCUGAUGAAGUCCAAGUUGGUUUUGGACGAGUUGGUACCCAUAUGUGGGCAUUUGAGACACAAGACGUCGUUCCUGAUAUUGUCACUAUGGGCAAACCUAUGGGCAAUGGACAUCCAGUAGCUGCUGUUAUUACUACCCCCGAGAUUGCGAAAAGCUUCGCCGAUACUGGAGUGGAGUAUUUUAAUACGUAUGGAGGCAACCCCGUCUCCUGCGCCAUUGCCAAUGCAGUUUUGGAUGUGAUUGAAGAAGAGCGUUUAAUGGAGCGAGCUAACCGCGUCGGCAACCACUUAAUAAACCGGUGUCAACAGCUCAAACAUAAGCACAGCUUAAUUGGAGACGUUCGUGGAAGAGGAUUAUUCGUUGGAGUUGAGCUGGUGACUGAUAGGGAGACAAGGACACCCGCUACUGCUGAAGCUAAGCAUAUUGUGAAUAGGAUGAGGGAAGAAAAGAUUCUCAUCAGCCGUGAUGGUCCGGACAGCAAUGUACUGAAGUUCAAACCUCCCAUGGUGUUCUCAACACAGGAUGCUGAUAGACUCGUUGAUACUUUAGACCGAGUAUUGGAAGAACUGGAUGGAAAUCAGGCGCCUGUUACUAGCAUCAAAUUACAAGUGCUAGUGACGCCCAUCGACGAAACGAAAACAGAGUCGGCAGCUUUAAAUACCACCGUUAAACAGAGCAUUAAGAGUUCGUGA